AUGGUAACUGUGCCAAACACGUUCAACAAUGUGGAGCCAAUCCAGAGGUAUCCUUCAUCCGGACUGUCCAUCCUAAUUGUGGGUGGCGGCAUUGCAGGUCUCGGCAUGGCAAUCGAAGGAUACCGAAAGGGUCAUGAUGUUCGUGUUAUUGACCGCCGGCCUAAUUUCGAAGACUACGGCGACAUCAUUGGAAUUGGUGAUUCGGUUUUGAACACCAUGAAGAAUUGGCAAGGCUUCCUUGACGCGUGCUACGAAUCACCAUUCCCCAGGGAGUACCAUGCGUACAAAUUCGACGGUGGCUUCAUAGGGAAGCUAGGUGAAGGCCUGGGCAUGUGUCGAUCCCUCUUCCAUUCACUACUCCAUCAGUACACUCUACACCUCGGCAUUCCCAUCCGCCACGCUGCCAAGGCAGUUGACUAUUUCGAGACGGACGACCACGCUGGUGUCCAUCUCGAGGAUGCACUUACCCACUCGAACAAGCUCUCGAGUCCUUUGGUUGCUCAAGUCUGGAAAGACAUUGACUGCGAGUCUCGCCUAUACUUUGGCCCUGACGCCCACAUGGUUCUGGGAAAGACAAACAACGAAAUCAUAUGGAUGCUUACGCACAAGGAUGAUGGAGGUGCUGAAGAAGACUGGGCCAAGCCCACCGACCCUGAGAAGGCACUCCCUUACAUUGAGGGAUGGGCACCAUGGUUCAAAGACCUCAUCACCCUCACCCCAGAGGAUGGUGUCGUGGACUUUAAGCUCAUGUGGCGUAACCCAAAAGAGAAAUGGGUUUCCCCAAAGGCCAGAGUCGUUCAGAUCGGAGACUCGGCUCACACCUUUCUCCCCACUUCUGCAAGCGGUGCAACCAUGGCUCUUGAAGAUGCCUUUUCUCUCGCGGCUCUUCUUCAGCUGAGUGGAAAGAGUAAUGCUCCUCUGGCUCUCAGAGUCCAGAACAAACUUAGAUUCGAGAGAGUGACUUGCGCCCAGAAGAUGGGCUUCAAAAACAGGGAGAACUUUCACAACACCGACUGGGACGCUGCCGCCAAAGACCCUUCUUUGAUUCUCAAGCAGGUCGAUAAAUGGGUGUCCCAUCAUGAUGCCGAGCAGUACGCAUAUGAAAUGUACGGCAAGUGCGCGAAUUACAUUGUUGGUGGGACUCCAUUCGAGAACACAAACACGCCUCCUGGUCAUGUAUUCAAGCUUUGGACUGUCAGUGAGCUAUUGGACCUUGCCGAGCGUGGGGAAAAGAUUGUCGACGACGGGGACUGGUCUUGA